UUUUAUUUCUAUGAUUCUGUCUACAUCCUAAUCUGCAGAAGAUCCCCAGAGCUUUUCUUAGGCAUUUUGAUGGGAAUGUACCUGAACAAUGCCAACUUAGAAUCCUCACUCAAACUUGGCUUGUUGAUAUUGAAAUGGAUAAUCACAAGUUCUAUUUCCAAAAUGGUUGGAAGGAAUUUGUGCAUGAGAAUGGUUUAAAGGGUCGCGAGUUUCUAGUUUUUUUCUAUGAUGGAAUUUCGGAGUUCUAUGUCCACAUAUAUGGGGAAAAUGCCUGCAAAAAGGAGUUUGCAGAGGUCACUAGGAACUAUGUUGCUAGCUUCAGAGAGAUGGAAGAAGCUGAUAGUGAUGACACAUCUGUUGAAAUCUUGGAUGACUUUCCACCCAGCUCAAGGAGAGCAGGGCUAGGGAACAAAUCUUCGUUACCAAGUCAUCAGACUCACAAGAAAGACGGUACAAGUUGGAGUAAUAAAGCAGUAAAUGGAGCAAUGUAUAAGAAAUCAGGAACUACAAGUAUAGAUGGAUUUCCGGCGGAACAAUUUGUGGGAGGUACCUCUAGCUCAAAAAGACUCGUACAACCAGAAUUGGAGGCUCUUGGGAGGAUGCACAUUGAUGACGACGAUGAUGACAAAGAAGAGGAGAGCGAGGAGGAUGAAACUGAAGCUGACAGUGAAAAUGAAGAUGAGGAAGAGGAAGAAGAAAGUGAUGGAGAUGAAGAAAAAAGUGAUGAUUCUAUUGAAAUUCUGUACGAGUUUCCACAAUGCUCAAAAGCAAAAACAAUGAGGAAAUCAUCAGGGCUUCACAAGGGAAAGAUAAACAGUUCUAAAGCUAAACCACAAAGCAGCAUAACAGGUGCUAGUGGCUCAUCUAGCAAUAAAAAAAUCACAGUAAUGAAACACAAGGGAACCGGAGACAUUAUAGCUCGUUGUAGAGCUAGUGAUUUUAUAUCCAAAUCUGACAAGCCUUCUUGUUCAAUUGCUAUGUCUCCUUCACAUGUUCAUGCAGCUUGGGUGCAUUUUCCUUGUCUUUUUGCCGAGAGACAUCUCAAAAAGCAUUGUAGUUGCAUCAACCUUCGGGUUAAUACGAGAAGUUGGUGUAUCAGUCUCUAUCAUGUCAAGAAAUUUGUCAGAUUACAAACUGGUUGGAGGCAAUUUGCGCAGGCAAAUAAUCUGAAAGAGGGUGAUGUGUGCGUCUUAGUGUUGAUUGACAACAUCAAAUAUGUAUUUGAUGUUACAAUUUUCCGGGCCACAGAAGCUGCAAAUUGCACCUUGCCAGGGGGAAGGCAAAUUACCGAGGUUCAAUUCAAGUCAAAGAAAGAAAAAGAGAAAGCUGGAUAGAUGAAGUUCAGUG